AUGUCGAAUCAACCCGAGAGGCCCUGGUCGGAGGACGAGAAGUAUGUUCUACUCUCCGAGAUCCUCAAGAAGGCUGGCAUUCCAUCCAGCUAUCUCGUCCGCAUUAUCAAUGAGUAUCGCAUCGAACCCAAUUGGAAUGAUAUUCCCCUCCCACACGGUCGCUCGCUCAAUUCCUGCAAAAUGGCCCUAUUCCAUAUGACCCAGCCUCAUGCGCCCGGAGGUCCAGGUACAGGUCCAGCACCGAACCCAUCGCCGCUGGCAUCAACAUCAGCAUCGGCCUCAGUAUCAGCAUCAGCAUCAACUAUUGGUGCAGCCUCAGUACCACCACCAGCCCCAACACCACCAAUGACCACCACAACACCUCGUCCACUGUUACCUCACCAAUCACCCCUCCACGAACCCCGCAAACGCCCUCUUGACUCUCAUUCUCAUUCUCACCCACACCACUCCCACGCCCACCCGAAACCCCCACAGCCAACACCACGCUUAAUCCAACCAAAACCCCCCGCCAGCAACGCCUCCUACAGCAGCGAAAGUCCCGCCCCGCUCUCCCCACGCUGGUCAACCAUCGGACCAGGCGGCGAGCCCCCGCGCAAACGCGGCCGUCCCAGCAAAGCCGAAACCGAACGCCGUCGCGCCGCCGCCCAAGCCCGCGGCGAAACGUACCCUCCCCCACGUCGCCCAAUCAGUCGCGCCAGACCCGUCGACAUCCAUUUCAGUAUCCCGCCUUCACCAACAAGUCCCGGCGCCUCAGCUUUCCCUCCAGCUCCAGCUCCCGCUGGGUCAUCGGCCGCUGUCUCUGUUGCCAUGGGCGGAUAUGGCCAUACGCCGUCAUCCGCCCCACCACCGGGUCUAAUGCCCGCCUCUGUACCGUACGAUAUGCAAGUAUCGCGCGCAAGGACGGGCGUAGGAAUGGGUGUUGGCGUUGGUGCUGGUGUUGGUGUUGGUGUUGGUGUUGGUUCUAGCGUUGGAGUGGGAGUGGGAGUGGGGAUAGGAGGCUCUUUAUCCAGCCCCGUUCCCAUCCAUGGUUCACUUUCAAGCUCAGUUUCAACUUCUUCAGGUUCUGGCCCGCACGACCCGCGCCCUAACCGCGCUAUGAGUUUACGCGAGUUACCGCGACCUUUGGAGAUGACUUCGUCUCAUAAUUCAUUACCUUCGCCUCAUGCUUUGCAGCUUGGACCGCCAGAUUCGUUUCGGCCGCGAUUGAAUAGUGCUGGGGAGAGGAUGUUUGGGCCUGGACAUGCUUUAUCGAGUCCCGGGCCUGGGUCUAUUUCUGGGGGUCCUUCGGAUCGCUUUUCGCCGGAUAGGCGGGGGUCUGGUGCGAGUGUGAGUGUGAGUACUCCUGUCGCUGGGUUGAGGGAUCGUGAGAUUGGUUCUGGGUCUGGUGCUGGUGCUGGUGCCGGUGCGGGCUAUUCGGAUUUGAGGAAUAGUUCGACACCCGGUGAGCCGCGGUAA